AUGAUCGCAGGACUUUCCAAGGCCGUCAUCCUCUACCUCGCUCCCCUUCUAUCCCUCACUGCCAUCCUUUUGUCCCUCUUUGCCCUUCUCGCACCAACCAUGUUGCUCCACGACCAAGUUGCCCUCCUAACCGUAUUACCCUCCACGACGUUGGUUCAACCCGGUCCAUCCCAAGCUGUAGAUGGACCAAGUGUUUUCAUGGGUGUAUUGGGUUCAUGUUCCAAACCAAGCAACGCCGCCCAAAUUAAUUGCACUACACCAGCAAUUUCACCUAUAUACGAUCUCUCCGUCCUUCCAGGCAGCUCUCCGAGUCUCCUGCUGUCCGCUCCGACUGCUACGAGUCCCGUAUUCAUUGCCCUUGCGAUUGCAUUCUCCAUCGUGUUCUUCCUCACCUUCACAUUGAUUUCGUUCCGUCAUAAAUUGGGUGGCAAGAUGACUGCGAUACUCGAUAAACCUGUUCUCCAGCGGCUGUCCGCUUGGGUAGGGUUCUUUGGCUUCAUAGUUGGGCUUACUUCUUUCCUGAUUAUCAGGAUGUGGUUUGGCAAAGCUGUUCAGGAUUUCAACGCCAGUAUCGCGCUGCAGGGCCAACAGGGACCGAAACUGGUCGCAUCUACGGGAAAUGCGUUUACCAUGGUUUGGGUCGCGUACGCGUUCUACGCGGUUCCAAUCAUCACUUCUCUUACGAAACUUAACGUGAUCUCGACGAAGCAAUAA